AGUGUGUGUGUGUGUGUGUGUGUGUGUGUGUGUGUGAGAGAGAAAGGGAUCGAGCGCGUGCUGCUCUCGUUGGCAAACGCACCUUCUCCGCAACAGUCGCGCGCGCGGUAUUGAAGCCCAGAAGCCCGUGUCACCACCGAGGAGGAAACCAGCAGGAACAUGAUCGCGCCGCUUCUAAAAUCCAUCUGGAGGUGGAAAAAUGGACUUAUCCUUUUUUGUACCCCGUCUCUUCUCCUGCCCCUGCCCCUGGUCAUCGGAACUACGAAAGCAAGCUGUGCCUAUGUUAUCGGACUGAUGGCAGUCUACUGGUGUACCGAGGUUCUGCCUUUGGCCGUUACUGCUCUCUUACCAGUCGUGCUCUUCCCUCUGUUCGGCAUCAUGGAGUCUAAAGAUGUUUGUAUGCAGUACCUGAAGGAUACGAACAUGCUGUUUUUGGGUGGCCUGAUGGUAGCCGUCGCUGUCGAGCAUUGGAAUUUGCACAAACGCAUCGCGCUGCGAGUUCUGCUCAUAGUCGGGGUGCGGCCUGCCCUGUUGAUGCUAGGUUUUAUGGGUGUGACGGCAUUCCUUUCCAUGUGGAUCAGUAACACAGCCACGACGGCAAUGAUGGUGCCCAUAGUGCAGGCCGUGCUGAAGCAGCUUAUGAACACGGCAGGAGAAGAGGAAGCUGGAGAUCCAGCAGAAUGUGAGGGGAAACUGCCUGACAAACCGGCUGAGGUUUUGGUGCCGGUGAAAAGCUUCGGCAUUUCUCCAGAGAACACAGCUGAAGCACAUAGCGAAACCAAGGAGAUGCUGAGGAUGUCUAAAGGCAUGAUGCUGUGUGUGUGUUACGCUGCGAGCAUUGGUGGAACUGCAACACUCACAGGCACCGGGCCUAACUUGGUGCUCACGGGACAAAUAAGCGAGCUCUUCCCAGAUAACCCAGAUGUUGUGAACUUUGCCUCCUGGUUUGGGUUCGCCUUUCCUAACAUGAUUAUUAUGCUUUUGGCAGCCUGGUUGUGGUUGCAGCUUGUGUUUCUCGGCUUUAAUCUCAAAAAAGCAUGGGGCUUAGGCACUAUCAAGACUGAAAAAGAGAUCGCUGCGUAUAAUGUGAUUCGUGAGGAGUAUCGUAGCCUCGGCCCCAUGUCCUUCGGGGAAAUCAGCGUUAUGAUGCUCUUCUUCCUGCUGGUGGUUCUGUGGUUCUCACGCGACCCAGGAUUCGUGAGCGGCUGGGCAACACAUCUUUUCAACAGCGAAAAAGAGUACGUGACAGACGCCACAGUGGCAGUGUUUAUAGCUGCUCUUCUCUUUGUGUUUCCUGCCAAACCCCCAUCUCUGUUCUUCUGUAGGCCACAGAGCUUUGACACAGUGCCCCAGUCCCCCAGUGAACCUCAGACGGCUUUGCUGACCUGGCAGGUAGUUCAGAAGAAGAUGCCAUGGAGCAUAAUACUGCUGCUCGGAGGAGGUUUUGCCCUGGCUAAGGGCAGCGAGGACUCAGGCUUAUCUACAUGGCUUGGGGAACAGAUGGCUCCACUGCAGACCAUCCCUCCUUGGGCCAUUUCUAUUAUCGUGUGCCUCAUGAUAGCAACCUUCACAGAAUGCACCAGCAACGUCGCCACUGCCACCCUGUUUCUUCCCAUCCUGGCCUCUCUGUCCCAGUCCAUAGGCAUAAACCCGCUGUAUGUCAUGAUCCCCUGCACUCUCAGCGCUUCGUUCGCCUUCAUGCUUCCAGUGGCAACUCCUCCGAACGCCAUUGUUUUCUCUUACGGUUAUCUCAAAGUGUCAGACAUGGCCAGAACAGGGAUUGUCAUGAACAUCAUUGGGAUCCUGUCCAUUACCCUGGCGAUCAACAGCUGGGGCAGAGUCAUGUUCAGUUUAGACUCAUUCCCCAGUUGGGCGAACACCACGGCAGUUUGAUUGAAUUGACUCCAAUCAAACAGGCGAAAUAUAUCACAUGUAUCACCUUCAGCCAUUGAAUCCAUACAUUGUACUGAGAAGUUGAGGGUGACACCAAUAUCACAGCAAUGACCGGAUCCUUCCAGAUUCCUCAGGCACUUAUACUGUGACACAAUGUCACAUGUGGUUUGUCAAAACUCCUGUAAUAUACGAAUUGGUGUACAGCAGAAGCAGAAAUAAAUGUAGAGUUUGUUUAUUUUAUAAAUCCUAACAAAGACGUCUAUGUCUAUAAUCAUUUGUUUCAUAAAAAACUUCUAAAAAAGUAUUUUAUUUAUCUGUAUACAUGUAAAGGGUGUUCAAUAUAAGCGCUGCUCAGAAUCACACCUUAGCAAGUGAUCGAGUCACAUUUAUCGAGUAUUUCUGUUUUAUAAGGUUACAACAAAACCAACAUGUGAUUCUUUAUCUUAUUUCUAGACAUUAUAAAUAGAAAGCUUUUAAUAGACUCCAUAGUCUUUAAUAGAAUGUUGGUGGAUUUAAUGGAAUUUUAUUCAAUUCCAUUUUUAUUCCUAUAAUACUUUUGAUGGUGGACAGUUUGAUUCAAGAUCAAUUUAUAUAUUUUAAUGAAUUAAUUUAUACCUUAAAAUAGAUCUCUAAUAAGGAGGCGAGUCUCAGGGUCAGUGUGAGAAUAUACCUCGAGAGAAACCAGGAAGCAACAUUUUACUUCUCGAAGGAAAAGAAAUUAAGGAAUCUAAAUUACAAAUUUAAGGGCAUUAAUAAUGUUGCAGAACAGUAGUUAUAAUUACAAUUAUAAUUGCAUUAAUUAUUACAUGAUUUAUUAUAUUACAUUCCUUUUUUUGCACUGGCACAGUAUUUGAUUGUUUGUAGUAAAGGUGUAUUAAAUCUAAAAAAUGUUUUUAUGACACUGAAGGUAAUUGCAUGUAGCUAUGAAUGUAUGUGUCCUUGUUUUAUUGUGCAUGCAAGCACUUAUAUUGACUCAUAGAACCAGUACAGUCACAAAAUGUAUAACAGUGUUUCCACUGCCAUUUUGUAUAUCCUGUUUUAAUAAAAAAGACUUUAGUAUUCUCUUA